AAAAUUAAUGUUGUUGGGUUUUGUCUGGCAGAGAUGGCGGGAAUACCAGACGAUGUUCCUGUUGAUUCUGAAACCAAAGCUCCCUCUGGUUCUUCAGCUACUCACUCAGAUAGGCCACCUCAGAUAUCUGAAGGACGAACUGCAAGACGUGUCGCACCAAAAUUGACCAGUGAAGAUGCUGUAGCAUAUCUCAUAGCAGUGAGGAAAGCGUUUUCCGAGAAAAGAGAUGUAUAUGAAAGGUUUCUUGAGAUCAUGAAAGAUUUCAAAACUCAUAGACUUUGCAGAGUAGAUGUCACUGCGAAAGUAAAGGAACUAUUUGAAGGGCGUAAUGACUUAAUCAUGGGUUUCAAUGCUUUCUUGCCAGAGGGUACUGAGAUAACCGUUGAUGAAGAUGAGCCUCCAAAGAAGCCAGCUGAGUUUCAAGAAGCUAUCGAUUUCGUAAACAAGAUAAAGUUGCGUUUCCAAGAUGAUGAUGACCGUGUUUAUAAGGCAUUCCUGGACAUACUGAACAAGUAUCGGAAGGAGGACAAGCCCAUUUCUGAGGUUUACCUUGAAGUUGCUGUUUUAUUUGAUGACCAGCCAGAUUUGCUUGACGAGUUCAUUAAAUUCCUACCGGAUUCAAAUCCUAUUUGAUUUGGACCAAAGCAGUGUGUAUGCGGAUCGUAAAAAAGCAGGGGCCAUGAUCGUAGGCUUGAUCAUUCUGAACCGCAUGGAGCAGUAGUAGGAAAUUGGGGCAAUGGUGAUGGAGAAAGUUUGUGAGAGUAGAAUAGGGAUAGGAGAAAUUUGGAGUGUAAUCUCAGAGGGUAGAGUAAUAUUACUCUAGGAACUACAGCUUAGAUUGGUGGAUUAUCAUUUCUUACCUCACCCCUUGUAUGCACAUCAUUAUUUUUGUAAUGGAAAAUGCAGUUAAGUCU